AUGUUUGAUUCCAAGUGGGAGGUUCGCCACGGCGCAGUUUUGUCGCUGCGUCAGAUUCUACUGUCUGUGCAAUUCACCGCUGCUGUUGAAGCUGCUCGGCCAACUGAAGACGUGAGUGCACAGCGGAGUUUCGUGGACAAGUGGCUGGAAGAGUGUUUGAUCAGGUGCAUUUGCGUUCUCGCUCUGGAUCAAUUUGUGGAUUAUUCGGCGGACGGGUCGGUGUCGCCCGUCCGAGAGGUUUGCGCGCAAGUCUUUGGCAUUUUGCUUGGAAGCCUCUCGAGUGAGGAGACGCUGGUCGGGUAUUUGCAAGUGGUGCGCACGUUGUUCAGUGGUUCGACAUGGCAGGCUUGUCACGGUGGCCUUCUGGGGCUGAAGUAUCUUGUGCGAGCCCAUAGCAACCACGCCAAGGUUCUCGUUCCUCGCUUCUACGACGAUAUCGUGACUGCCUUUUCUCAAUCCGAUUCGGAGGAAGACGUGCUAGUUCUGGCUGCAGAAAUGUUUAAAGAUUUUGCGCCAUACUUGGAUCGAGUUGAGGAUACAGGGAUCAAGAAAGCUGCUCAACUGCUCUGGGGGUCUCUAAAGCUGCACGAAAAAGCUGGUCUAGUGAGUGCAAGCAUCGUUGAAGCAUUAAGCGCCUGGUAUAACCACGCCCCCGUGGCAACCGUUUUGCAAAAUGACAGUGAAGUCAGUCGUUCACUGUGGCAAAAUCUGUCGUACACAGUCCCGAUGUUGCAUCACCAUUCGUCGUCAGUUCGAGCAUCCAGUGGAAUUUGCGUCGCAGCCAUCUUUUCAGGGGAGGUUUCGUGUUUCAGUUCGAGCUCGGUCGACUUUGCUCGAGUUUUUCUGCCACAUUUGCUGCUUCAGCUGCUGCUGGAAAAGGACGAAUCGGUCCAGCAAAGUCUGCUUGCUGCGUGGAAGAAAGUGGUGAGCAGCCUGUCGGAGGGUGAGAUGCUGAUGUCUAUCAUUGCAGAGCCACUGCUAAGAUGGACGAAGCUCUUGUGGUCGACAGACGACAUUAAUUAUCUAAACAAUAUGUCUUCGCGUGUGGCGUUCGCGGAAGCGAUUGGCUUUGUUUUGGCUCACGUUCCUCUCUCCGGUGCGUGCAUGACUGAUCUAGUGAAGCUGUUCCGAGAUGGCAUGAGUAGUAGCUCAGGUGCGCGACAGUGUGGGAUUUUGCUAGCGUUGUCGAAGUGGAGUUGCUUUGAAAAGCAGUUGGCACAGGAAAAAUUGGACACACAGUCACAACGAGUCCAGCAUCUCUUGGAUUCGAUGGGGCCCACACUGAGCUCGUUCGCGGGGAACCAGUGGAUAACGCUUCACCCUGACGCAGUGAGCGACGGAAGGCCGGUCUUCUACAGUGAACAACUUGGAUCACUAAAACGCGUGAAGCAGAUGGAAGCUCGAAUCGUCGAGAUAUUAUCCGCCGUGGGUAUCUCGGUACAACCCGCGGGGCGACCCGAUUCAGCUUCAUCAGCAGACAUCUCACGACAGAUCGCUGAGCACGUUGCUCUUUUCCCGUACGACCAGUUGCAAAACCGCCCGAAAGAAUACGAAUCCGCCCACUUCAAACGACAAGAUCUCUUCCUUGUGGACGAGCUCGUUCAGCAAAGUUUUUCUCGCUUUUAUCAUCGGAUACAAGGACUCGGGAGCAGUGCUUUCUGUGAGCUACUGCCGAUUCCCAAAAAGAGUGGAUUUCUAGUUAAGGCGUUGAUGAACUCGAUCAAGGAAGAAGAGGAGCAAGUGUUUCGCACUAUUUCGUCCCAAACAAUCGCGAACUUUGUGGUGGACCAGGCACACGUUCAAAAGAAAUGUGUAUCGAAGAUUAUCUCAAACCUGUGCAACAGUGCUGGGGCCUUGAAGACCAAAGUUCGAGUAGCUGGAGCAGAGGCGACUCUGCGCCAACUAUGUAAGCGCGCUGGUGGAUCUCUUUUCGAAACAUGCAGUGCAUUGGAGGACAAUAUUUCCAAGGCGUGGAACGAGCCAAAUGCCGACGUGUUGACUAUUCAACGAAGCAUGCACCUGAUCGUGUUGAUGAUGUCCCAUGUUGAGAGUGGGGCGAUGCCAACCUGCUUGUCGUGGUUUGACCAACUUGCGCAAUUGAUUCAACGACCUUAUGAUAACCAUCGGACGCGGCGGAUUGUGGCGCAUGCUGUCGCUACCAUUUGCAAGUACGCGCAAGGAGAGCACCGCGAGAGUGCUAUGCUUGUUGUGUAUAACUCGAUUUUUGUAGCGUUUACACGGACUGGUAGCGUCGACGCAACAGAAGUACUCGAAGGUGCUGUGAUGGUACUCGAUCGGAUCGUCCACAGCCUUGGAUCCGACCUGAUGCCGUAUGUUCCUAGUAUGGUUCAUUACGCGAUGAAGACUAUGAGCUCCCAGUUCAAACUUGUCCGCACUCUCGCUGCUGGGGCUUUUGCGGACCUGGUGCCGCUGAUACCACUUCAAAUGGACCUGGAGCUUCAUGACUCUAACAAGCUUCUCCCAGACGCGCUGAGAACGAUUGUGAGCCAGAACGCAGUUUCUCGUACCUUCCUUGAGAGCUUCACGGAAGGGAAAGCUAUUCAGCACGUCGACGUUAAAUCUUGGCUGGCUCCAGAUAUCUCUAUCCGUGUGUACCAACAGCACGGCGUCGAUUGGUUGUGCUUCAUGGCUAACAACAAUCUCCACGGAAUUCUUGCUGAUGAUAUGGGCCUCGGAAAGACACUGCAGUCGCUUUCUGCGAUGGCUGCAACGCUCUCGAUGUCCUCCUCUAUCCUCGAAGAAGGCCGUGCGUGUCUUAUUGUAUGCCCGCCGAUCAUAGUUCACCACUGGAUCCAGGAGGCCAAGAAAUACCUGCCAGGGUUCUUUGAAUCUAUCAUCGACUACUCGUUGCCAGCUAGCGAGCGAAAGGCUCUGAAUCGCAAGGGGGGUCUGCCAAUAUUGGAUCACGGGCCGACAUUGAUCGUGACAACGUACGCGAUCUUGCGUACAGAUAUCGAGUUCUUAAGCGGUAUCGACUACUCUUUUGUGGUGCUGGACGAAGCACACCUAAUCCGGAACCCUUCGACUGCUCUGUUUCGUGCCGUGCUCGAACUUCGUGCAGUUCACCGAGUUGCGUUGAGUGGAACACCGCUGCAGAAUAACGUCACCGACCUGUGGGCGCUGUUCGAGUUCCUGAUGCCAGGUUAUUUGGGCGAGUUUGUGGAUUUCCGGCGUGAGUUUGUUCUUCCGAUCACCAAGUCAAAGGAGCGGAAUGCCACAACAAAGCAGAAGGAGCUAGCGGCAAUCGCUAUCGCUCAACUGCAUCAAAAAGUCCUGCCGUUUAUUCUACGACGAACGAAAGACCAGGUGCUGGAGGAACUUCCUCCAAAAAUCAUCUCGAAUGUGCUGCUGCCGCUGUCGUCACUGCAGAAGCGUCUCUACUCUCUGGCGUCGUCAGCUGAGACAGAAGCAACGGCGUCCUCGCGUUCGACUAACGCCAAGAAACCCGAUACGAAGCCGUUGACGAACGUGCUGACAAACCUCCAACUUUUGCGCAAGAUUUGUGUCCACCCCGCGCUUGUUGCCGACAACGCAGUUACUCGAGGUCUCAAUUCGAAGGAGAUGAAGGCUCUUGGCGACUGGAAGAGCUCUGGAAAGAUGACGGGCUUGCGCGAUCUCUUGGUUGAAUGCUGCGAUGUUGCAGCGUGGGAUCAGGGCAGCCGCGAGGGCUCUGGUGCUGACGCUGAUAACCUCGACGAGACCAACCUGUCUCCUCAUCGGUGUCUGGUAUUCGCGCACCUGCAGAGAACACUUGACCUCACCGAGCAAAUGUUGCGAGACGCUUUACCUGGAGUUACCUAUCGGCGCCUUGAUGGCCAAACGCCUCACGCCAAGCGCGCAGAUAUUGUGCAGCACUUCAAUGCUGAUCCAUCCAUUGACGUUCUGCUGCUGACGACGUCAGUGGGCGGCCUAGGGCUCACUCUCACUGGCGCUGAUACGGUAAUCUUCAUCGAGCACUCGUGGAACCCCUUUGUCGAUCUGCAGGCCAUGGAUCGUGCGCAUCGCAUUGGGCAGAAGAGAACUGUGCGUGUGUUCCGGUUGAUCAUGGAGGAGUCACUGGAGGAGCACAUUCUGAAUCUCCAGGAGUUCAAGGAACAAGUUGCAGCUACGGUGGUAAGGAAGAGUGACGCGCAGACGAGUAUGAACACCAACACGAAAGGUGUCCUCAACUUGUUGCAGGCGUCGUCGUCUGCCGUGGCUGCUAAGGAGCUCCGAGCGUCAGUUGCUGCGAAGAAAGCAGGCGACAGCGACGAUAAUAUCGCGGCAGCACUUCCCCAGGGAGCCCAAGAGUUGUUGAACCAGAUUGGAGACCUAUGGGAUGAGUCCCAGUACGAUUCGUUAGCAUUUCCCGAGUCCACCAAUGAAUAA